AUGCCACCACCUGGACCACAUCCCACCAAUGCACCUACCGGUCCGAGCAAGGGAGGUAAAAUCAGCUUUGCUUUCAAAGCAAAACCUACGCCAGCUCCUGUCCCCAAGCCAGUUCCCGAUCUCGCCCAGAGAAUGCAGCCUCGGGAGCCUCCACCACGGGUUGCUGAACCUCCGCCGCCUCGUAGGAUGAUGUCUGGACCACCGCCCAGGUUCAAGCCUGAUCCACGAUUUGAUCGUCGUGGAGGGCGUGACCGAGAUCGGGACCGUGAUCGUGAUCGCGACAGGGGUAGACAUGACCGACGUGAUUUCCGAGAGACCCGCGGAGGAUUUCGUGAACCCAGGGGUGGCCGACGAGGAGAUGAUCGUCGGUUCGAUCGUUUUGACAGAAGACGAGGAGACAAACGGCCAGACUUUCGUAUUGGGCGCCGCCGGACACGCUCCCCUGAUCGAGAUCGAGGUUGGGGACCCGAGCCAGAACCAAGAUUCGAGCAGGAGCCAGAGCCAGAGCCAGAGCUGGAGCCGGAGCCGGAGCCGGAGCCAAAGAAGCAAGUCAAGAUCAUGACCCGACCGAAGCCACGCCCUACCUUGCCCGAAGAGUUUACCCAAUCCGACUCUGUAUAUCAUCGAAAACCUGGGAAUGAAUCAGUCAUUGGUGCGGGCACCUACGGAAAGGUUUUCAAAGCUAUCCACAUAUAUACUCAGCAGGGAGUGGCAUUGAAGAAGAUUCGGAUGGAAGGCGAAAAAGAUGGAUUCCCCGUCACGGCUGUGCGCGAGAUCAAGCUGCUUCAACAUCUCCGAAGCCACAAUGUGGUCAGCUUGCUUGAAGUCAUGGUUGAACGCAACGAGUGCUUUAUGGUAUUCGAAUAUCUCGCUCACGAUCUCACUGGUCUUAUUAACCAUCCAACUUUUACGCUCACCGCUGCCCACAAGAAGGAUUUGGCCAAGCAAAUGUUCGAAGGUCUCAAUUACCUCCACCAUCGCGGUGUUCUCCAUCGUGACAUCAAAGCUGCGAACAUCCUCAUCAGCAACACGGGCUUGUUGAAAUACGCAGACUUUGGUCUUGCCCGGUUCUUUUCCAAGAGCCGCCAACUUGAUUACACAAACCGUGUGAUUACGAUCUGGUAUCGACCACCCGAACUUUUACUGGGAGAAACCCGCUACGGACCGGCGGUAGACGUCUGGAGUGCGGCCUGUGUGUAUGUCGAGAUGUUCACGAAGAAGGCCGUUUUCCCUGGUGAGGGAGGUGAAAUCAGCCAACUCGACAAGCUCUACAACGCUCUUGGUACGCCGACCCGCGCGGAAUGGUCUGAUAUUGUGGAGAUGCCUUGGUUUGAAUUGAUGCGACCUGCAGAGCGCAAGAAGAGGAUUUUUGAGGAACAAUAUGGCACCGUUCUCAGCCCUGCCGCUCUGGACUUGGUGUCCAAUAUCUUCCAGUAUGAUCCAGCGAAACGGCCCACUGCUGAGGAAGUAUUGGCACAUCCUUACUUUGUGUCUGAGGAACCGAAGCCUCAGCAAGCAUUUGAGCUGGAGAAAAUCGAAGGCGACUGGCACGAAUUCGAAUCCAAGGCCCUACGCAAGGAGAGGGAUCGGGAAGCUCGUCGCGCAGCGGAAUACCAGAAGGAGAAACGAAAAGCAGUCUCGUCGGUGCCUCAGAGUGAGAGGGACCCGAAGCGUGUCAAGCCGGACUCUGGUGGAGAGUAUCCACCAGCACCGGCCGGUGUUUAA